UUACCCAGAGAGCACCAUUUGUUUUCUUUUUUGACAGAUGAUGAAAACUGCGUCUCAGAAGCAUAAAUUAUUGUUGAUGCUCGUAUCUAAAUUCUGUUUAUAGUAUAUUUUUCACCACAAUAAUAAGCACUCUGCAAUAAAACAAGGACCCUUUUUGAUUACAAUGUGAUUAAGACUACUCGAACAAAGGUGUGACUGUAUACAGUAAGAGAGAUGGCAGAAUUUGAGACCCAGUAUCAGCAGUUAUCAGUGUAUGAUGAUGAUGACACAGGGGAGGAAACAGAUAAUCCGGCGGAAGAUCAUCUGAUGAUACAUGUUGUUCCCGAAGGAAACAAAGCUCGUUGGAACCAUAUAGAAAACUUGGAUGAGUUUUUCACAAGAGUUUACCAGUAUCAUCAGAGGCAAGGGUUUAUGUGUAUGGUGUUAGAAGAUCUACUCCAACUUCUUCAAUUUGUGUUUGUAGUGGUGUUUUCUACAUUUCUCAUUGUAUGUGUAAAGUAUGAUGAACUAUUUGACAAUGUUUAUCGUAAUCGUUCCCAGCAUCAUAAAGUAACAUUAGACGAUACAAUCAAGUCACACGAAGAAUGUUUAGAAUCGUUUACUUCAACUAUUAUAUUUUGUCUGAUUGUUGCCACUGCGUUUUGGUUGUUUCGUGUUUUAAAGGUGAUCUACAAUAUAUUCCUCUACUUUGAGAUUCGAUCCUUCUACAACACUGCAUUAAAGAUAACUGCUACUGAUUUGCCUAACAUGACAUGGCAUGAAGUACAGACGAGAAUUUUAGAAGUUCAAAAAGAUCAACAAAUGUGUAUACAUAAGUCUGAUCUUACACAGCUAGAUAUAUAUCAUCGUAUACUGAGAUUUAAGAACUACACGUUAGCCAUGGUGAACAAAUCAGUGUUACCGCUAAAACUUAAUGUGCCUUUUGUUGGAGAGUAUGUAUUUCUAAGUACAGGACUGAAGUAUAACAUUGAAUUUCUCCUAUUUUGGGGACCAUGGUCAGCGUUCGAAAACAAGUGGCAUUUGAAAGAAGAGUAUAAAGAAAAAAGUUUAACUAAGAGAAAACAAUUAGCUGAAACGUUAUCUCAGCGUAUUCUGUGGUUAGGAAUUGCCAAUCUAGCAUUAUCUCCCCUGAUAUUUCUCUGGCAGAUUCUAUACUCUUUCUUCAGAUAUGCAGAGUUGGUUAAAAGACAACCAGCAUUUCUUGGUUCCAGAAGAUGGUCCAACUAUGGCAGACAGUAUCUGAGACAUUUUAAUGAACUAGACCAUGAAUUCAAUGCUAGAUUAAACAGAGGUUAUAAAGCUGCAGACAUGUAUCUUAGUAUAUUCACUUCACCUUUGCUAGCAAUUAUUGCUAAAAAUGUAGCAUUUUUUGCUGGUUCUGUGUUGGCUGUUUUGGUUGUUUUAACUGUGAUAGAUGAAGAUGUCCUCAAUGUGGAACAUGUUCUAACCAUUAUGACCAUAGCUGGUGUAAUUGUGACAUCCUGUAAAGUUUUUAUACCAGAUGAGCAUACUGUAUAUUGUCCAGAGGUUCUCAUGAGGAAUGUUCUGGCACAGAUACACUACAUGCCCGACCAUUGGUGCGGAAAUGCUCAUACUUCCAAAGUUAGAGGAGAAUUUUCUCUACUCUUCCAGUUCAAAGCAAUAUAUCUUGUGGAGGAGUUGUUGAGUCCAUUGAUUACUCCUCUGAUACUGAUAUUCAAGUUCCGAGGUAAAGCCGGUGAUUUUGUUGAGUUCUUCCAUAACUUUACAGUGGAUGUUGUAGGUGUGGGAGAUGUCUGCUCAUUUGCUCAAAUGGACAUAAGGAAACAUGGAAAUCCACAGUGGACUGAGGAACAGGAGUCACAGGCCAGUCAGAAAGAACAAGGAGAGGAUGGCAAGAUAGAAAUGUCCCUUAUGCAUUUCCAUUUAACCAAUCCAGAGUGGAAACCUCCAGAAAACUGCAGCAUGUUCUUGAAUAAUGUCAAAGAUCACAUACAGCGAGAUGUUGUAGCUAUGAGUUCAAUGCAGCAAGACCUUAUGGGAGGACCAUUUCAGAGUAUGAUACCUAGUGGAGCCACUGGUGUAGGGCUUGGGUAUGCCAGCCUGGUAUCCAGUAUAACUGGUCAGAGUGCAAUGCUGUCGCCAUCUGUAAACAUGUCUGCUCCUUUUGCAUCAGGUGUAACACCAAAAAUGCGAGGGGCAGUAUCUCAGUCAGAGGGACCACUAGCUGGAUCAGGCGGUGGACUUGGAACCAGUUUUCAUAGUCCCAGUUCCUCCAUGACGGGACCUCCUACACUUCAACCCUUGUCCCAGCCUCACUCUCUCAUACACCCGCCAUCUUCCCUGUUACAACCAACUUCUACAUCUCAGAGACAUUAUGACGAGGGGCAGAUUGAACUCAUGUCCACAGAUAUGAGUUUCAGUGCACUUUACAUGCAUGAUCUAAGAACUAGAAGAGCUAGGGGGUAUUAUGAGAAUUUAGACGAUAUAAGAGCCAGGUCUCUUUGGCAACGCCAUGACACCCCACAAGCCACUCCGUCAUCAGGGGGGACUACUCCAAUGCCAAAUAUAGAAGAGCGCCCCCUGGAGGAAGACAGUGGCACAAAGGAAGAGGACAGUAAUCUUAUAUAGAUAAACUUGCAGUUCUAAGGCUCAAAACAGUAAGGCCAGUGUUAGUUUCAGUAGACUGAAAUCCUUCAGCAGUGAAUGUGCCAGUUCAUUAUGAACAUGAUAAACUGUCCACUGACUUUUGAGAAGAAGCAUGGAUUUAGUUAUAAUAAUUUUGUUGUGACAGUUAGCAAAUGGCUAGGAUAUGAGUGUGUCAGCACAGGUAUAGGGCCCUGAUGCAAGUACCACAUAUAUGUGUGUAGACUUUUUUAAACAGAAUAUACAUUGAAUAAGUCAAACCUGGAUUAAGAAGCUUGUCAAGAGUGCAAGCACUAGCUGCUUACAGCAAGACAAGUUGAUAUAAUUAGAACAAAAAUCCAGUUUGGGAAGUUAGCUGACUGGUUGCUUAAGUAAAUUGGCUGCUUGAAACAGGUGGCAUCUAAAGCAGGUGCAACUGCAUGUUCUUUCAUGUUGGAUGUGGAUGUGGAAAAAUGACCUACAUGUGAAGCCCUUUAGCAAUUACAAAUAUUGUUCAAAUAUAUGUUUUGAUUUUAUAAUUUUGAGAUUCAUAUUGAUGUAAUUUUUAUAAAAAGAAGCUAAACUGCAUCAAAGCUAAACAGAUAGUAGUGUAUAAUCAUUGAUGUUGUAAGUCACCUAUCAUAUUGACAUAUGUUAUUAAUUUGUGAUGGUGCGCCGUAAAACCCAAAUAAAUAAAUAAAUAAAUAUUAAUUUCCAAUUUCUAAGUUGAUAUGAAUAGAAACUGUCAAGAGGAUAACUUCUGAGAUGGGUUGAGUUUUACUAAAUUAAUGUCAUGCGAGCCUGUGUGAUUUUGUUAAAAUAAAACUGUCUUGAAUAUCACUCAACCUAGAGUGUAGUUUGAUGGCAUAGGAAAUAUUUUGUGAUAUGUAAUAUUUGGGGCACUUAUAUCUUUAUUUAAAAUAUGGGAAUGUCAUCGCCUGCAACUGUAUAAUAUGGGUUCAUAUUACAACACUAGUCUUGUGUAUAUUCGGAAGUCAUUUUGAUUCUCAGUUGCUUACAUAUAUUUUACAUGCAAUGAAAAUUUUAGUUAACAAUGAUUUUCUAAUUUUGUAUACUGAGAGAUAAAAGGUAGACAUAUGCAUGUUACAGACUGUUACAAACAUCUCGUAAUUAUACUAGUUAAAAAUUCAUGAUUCAGUUACAGUCAGUUGAGUCGGCAAGAAUUGAAGUUACAGAGAUGUUGAGCAAAGCAUCAUAGUUAUCCAGUUAAUCCUGAAGUCCCUGCUUUAAUAAAGAAUACUCUAACAAGGCCUGAUUAGUUUUCCUGCUCAGCAAAGAUCAAGAGUAUGCUGUUAUUGUGCAGCAAAAUCACUAUGUUACAUCAUAGUGUCAAUCGUUUUAGCAAUGCACUGUAAAUGAAUCUAUGACAUGAAAUGAGCAUGUAUUUAGUGGAUGUCAUUAAGAAAGUAGAAAGCAGUCCUACAUAUUAGUUAGAAUCAAAAUGGAAUAUCUCAGUGAGUUUCUAUUGAUAAAAUCUUUGUUGUUCACUUACAUACUAAUGCAUCACUAUUCCUUUGCAUUGAUCAAAACUUUGCAUCAGAAUUUUAUUCUGUAAUAAAAUCACUGUUUGGAAUAUAUUACUUCCUAAACAAAUAUCAUAAACUAAGAUAGCAACAGUUUGUGCUGGUGUGAAGUGAGAGAUCCAAACAAACUAUGAUUUUCUGUGUGUGGAUUUACUUAUAUGAUAGAAUCUAAAUUGUGUGCCAAGAUAUUCAUAAUCAAGGUUUUGUUUGAUAUUGUAUUCAUUCUGAUGUGUGUGCUUUUCAAAUAGUAGAGCUUUUGUUCUCACUUCUUUGUUGGCAUUGGCAUUCACUUCACAAAAGAUUUGCAUGUAAGCAGGUUUUCAAAUGUCACAAAUAUUCUUGGCAUCAUGAGAUGACUUCUAAGGACAAGUUACAUAACCCUUUUUUGACAAUAUUUUGCCCCUUUGUAACUUAAAACGUUUGAUAAAUGUUUUGCAUCUAAGCAGGUUUUUCAAAACUUACUAAGCCAAAUGCCUUCAUACAUAGCUUUGGCAUUAUGGGAUGACCUCACCGGGCAAGUUAUAUAUCUAACUUUUAUUUUUUAUUAAAUUAUGUGCCUUUUAACAUAGUUUUGUGAAAGUUUUGCAUGUAAGCAUGUUUCUCAGAAACUACAUGACUAAAUGUUUUCAGAUUGUUCACACGUUUUUGGCAUUAUGAGAUUAUACACAUAGCAAAUUCUAUACUUUGUGAUUACAGUUUGGCAAAAUUAUGCCCAUUUUAUUUUCUAAAAGCAUUUGUAUGUAAGAAGGACUUCAGACAUAGUAAAGUGUCCAGUAUUUAGAUAGCUCUUGUUUAUUUUGAAUCCAGAUUUUUUAUAAACAGCGUAUCAUCUGAAGACCAAAGUAUGUCUUUCCGAAACUCGGAUAUUGAUAAUGUCUUGAAAAAAGCUUAAUGUAUUUAUUAGCUAUCUACCCAUCACCCUUUUUUGUGUACUGAACUCCUGCCGAUUCCAUUCAGUUGAAAUGAAACUUUGUAUACAUCAUCAACAUGAAGUUGACACAUGAAUGUUGUCAGGACUUUUAUUGCCCGAUUAUUACUUUUGGAGCUCUGACCAUUGCUUGGAUUUUGAAAUAUAACAGCUAUAUAAGAUCAUUAUAAACUCAACUACCCCUACAGUUUUCAACCAGAUGAAAUGAGACCUGGGUUACGACAUUGACAUGAAGUGGAUAUGCGCAUGUUAUUGGGACUUUGAUGUCUUAUUACUUUAUUCUGGAGUUAAUGCUGUGUUGUGGACUCUAUCUAAAAUUUUGUCAAGCAUUUUUAGGGGACAUGUGU